GACGCCGGCGAGCUUCCGGGGCGGCCCCGGGCAGGUCGGCGGCGGUGGCCCGCAGUCGUGGAGGAGCGGUGGGAGCGUCGGCGGCCGCGGGCGAUGCAACUUCCGGACGGGACUCCCCUCUGUCCGCGCCUCACAUCUCCCCUUCCUCUCGCCUAGUCCUGUGCCGUUUUCCGUCCGCGACUCUUCCGGCCCAGAGCUUUCGGAGUGCGGUUGCUCAGGGGAAGCCGUCGCCGCCCCCGCCUCGGGGCCGAGUGAGAGUGCCCGUCGCGUCGCGCCGCGUCGCCCCCCGGGCCGCCUCCUUGCCCCCAGUGGCGGGCUCCGUUCUCCCUCGAAGCACUCCCCCCAGCUCCAUGAAUGGAAAUCGGCUCCGCAGGACCCGCUGGGGCCCAGCCCCUACUCAUGGUGCCCAGAAGACCUGGCUAUGGCACCAUGGGCAAACCCAUUAAACUGCUGGCUAACUGUUUUCAAGUUGAAAUCCCAAAGAUUGAUGUCUACCUCUAUGAGGUAGAUAUUAAACCAGACAAGUGUCCUAGGAGAGUGAACAGGGAGGUGGUUGACUCAAUGGUUCAGCAUUUUAAAGUAACUAUAUUUGGAGACCGUAGACCAGUUUAUGAUGGAAAAAGAAGUCUUUACACCGCCAAUCCACUUCCUGUGGCAACUACAGGGGUAGAUUUAGACGUUACUUUACCUGGGGAAGGUGGAAAAGAUCGACCUUUCAAGGUGUCAAUCAAAUUUGUCUCUCGGGUGAGUUGGCACCUACUGCAUGAAGUACUGACAGGACGGACCUUGCCUGAGCCACUGGAAUUAGACAAGCCAAUCAGCACUAACCCUGUCCAUGCCGUUGAUGUGGUGCUACGACAUCUGCCCUCCAUGAAAUACACGCCUGUGGGGCGUUCAUUUUUCUCCGCUCCAGAAGGAUAUGACCACCCUCUGGGAGGGGGCAGGGAAGUGUGGUUUGGAUUCCAUCAGUCUGUUCGGCCUGCCAUGUGGAAAAUGAUGCUUAAUAUCGAUGUUUCUGCCACUGCCUUCUACAAAGCACAACCUGUAAUUCAGUUCAUGUGUGAAGUUCUUGAUAUUCAUAAUAUUGAUGAGCAACCAAGACCUCUGACUGAUUCUCAUCGGGUAAAAUUCACCAAAGAGAUAAAAGGUUUGAAGGUUGAAGUGACUCAUUGUGGAACAAUGAGACGGAAAUACCGUGUUUGUAAUGUAACAAGGAGGCCUGCCAGUCAUCAAACCUUUCCUUUACAGUUAGAAAACGGCCAAACUGUGGAGAGAACAGUAGCGCAGUAUUUCAGAGAAAAGUAUACUCUUCAGCUGAAGUACCCGCACCUUCCCUGUCUGCAAGUCGGGCAGGAGCAGAAACACACCUACCUGCCACUAGAAGUCUGUAAUAUUGUGGCAGGGCAACGAUGUAUCAAGAAGCUAACAGACAAUCAGACUUCCACUAUGAUCAAGGCAACAGCAAGAUCUGCACCAGAUAGACAAGAGGAAAUUAGCAGAUUGGUAAGAAGUGCAAAUUAUGAAACAGAUCCAUUUGUUCAGGAGUUUCAAUUUAAAGUUCGGGAUGAAAUGGCUCAUGUAACUGGACGCGUACUUCCAGCACCUAUGCUCCAGUAUGGAGGACGGAAUCGGACAGUAGCAACACCGAGCCACGGAGUAUGGGACAUGCGAGGGAAACAAUUCCACACAGGAGUUGAAAUCAAAAUGUGGGCUAUUGCUUGUUUUGCCACACAGAGGCAGUGCAGAGAAGAAAUAUUGAAGGGUUUCACAGACCAGCUGCGUAAGAUUUCUAAGGAUGCAGGGAUGCCCAUCCAGGGCCAGCCAUGCUUCUGCAAAUAUGCACAGGGGGCAGACAGCGUAGAGCCCAUGUUCCGGCAUCUCAAGAACACAUAUUCUGGCCUACAGCUUAUUAUCGUCAUCCUGCCAGGGAAGACACCAGUGUAUGCGGAAGUGAAACGUGUAGGAGACACACUUUUGGGUAUGGCUACACAAUGUGUUCAAGUCAAGAAUGUAAUAAAAACAUCUCCUCAAACUCUCUCAAACUUGUGCCUAAAGAUAAAUGUUAAACUCGGAGGGAUCAAUAAUAUUCUUGUACCUCAUCAAAGACCUUCUGUGUUCCAGCAACCAGUGAUCUUUUUGGGAGCCGAUGUCACUCAUCCACCUGCUGGUGAUGGAAAGAAGCCUUCUAUUGCUGCUGUUGUAGGUAGUAUGGAUGCACACCCAAGCAGAUACUGUGCCACAGUAAGAGUUCAGAGACCCCGACAGGAGAUCAUCCAGGACUUGGCCUCCAUGGUCCGGGAACUUCUUAUUCAAUUUUAUAAGUCAACUCGGUUCAAGCCUACUCGUAUCAUCUUUUAUCGGGAUGGUGUUUCAGAGGGGCAGUUUAGGCAGGUAUUAUAUUAUGAACUACUAGCAAUUCGAGAAGCCUGCAUCAGUUUGGAGAAAGACUAUCAACCUGGAAUAACCUACAUUGUAGUUCAGAAGAGACAUCACACUCGAUUAUUUUGUGCUGAUAGGACAGAAAGGGUUGGAAGAAGUGGCAAUAUCCCAGCUGGAACAACAGUUGAUACAGACAUUACACACCCAUAUGAGUUCGAUUUUUACCUCUGUAGCCAUGCUGGAAUACAGGGUACCAGUCGUCCUUCACACUAUCAUGUUUUAUGGGAUGAUAACUGCUUUACUGCAGAUGAACUUCAGCUGCUAACUUACCAGCUCUGCCACACUUACGUACGCUGUACACGAUCUGUUUCUAUACCUGCACCAGCGUAUUAUGCUCACCUGGUAGCAUUUAGAGCCAGAUAUCAUCUUGUGGACAAAGAACAUGACAGUGCUGAAGGAAGUCACGUUUCAGGACAAAGCAAUGGGCGAGAUCCACAAGCUCUUGCCAAGGCUGUACAGAUUCACCAAGAUACCUUACGCACAAUGUACUUCGCUUAAAUAGUCCAAGUAUAUUCUCUGAGAGGAAGUACUGAAAGAUGAAUUGACAUACAACGUAUGUUUCCAGUGAAGUCAAUUGAGUAAGGACACCUCCAGCCAUACAGAAACCAACACUGUGUGGGGGCCAAGGUCUGAUCCUUAUGUUAAUACAAGGAAGAUUGUUUACUUCAUCAAGGAACACAGCAUCAUUAUGCAAUAUGAAACCAGCCAACUGCUUUUUGUGCGGUCUCCUAUAGGAAGUAUCGCAGUUGUUUUGUUUUCAUUUCUUGUAGUCUAACCCUUUUAAUGCCUUUACCUCAAGUUGCUUGGCAGCACAACUAUCUUUGCAAAAAAAAGUAAAGAAAAAGUAAAUGAUGGUUUAAAAAAUACACACCUUCAUGAAUAAUCAAAGUGAUUUUUCAGAAUUAUGUGUGCAAAAAAUUAAUGUGCAUUCAUAUAUUCUUGUAAAAGGUGUCUGUGUAUUUUUAAAAUAUAUACAUCCAUACUUCAUAUGCAUAUAUAUCUAGAUCUGGAUUGAUAAUAGAUAUAUAUGUGUCUGUUAUAUAUUUUAGAGUUCAUUCCAUUGGGGAAUUUUCUUUCCCUUUUAUUCUACCCCCACUACCGCCUUUAUUUCUCUAUUUCCCUUGCCUUCAUCACCUACAUUUUUUUCCCAGUCCUACCAAUGACAUUCAAAUGUUGAUGUAUCUGGUUCGUUUGAAUAUAAAAUAUGGCAAACUAGAAUUCUACUUUUAUUUUGCAUACCCUACUCCUGACUCCUAUCUCAUACACAAUUCUGAGUUCUCAACUCUUGAUAUUGCUGUCUUAAGAAACAAAAUUUUAUAUAUAUAUGUAUACAUACAUACACAGACACGUACACACACAUAUAUAUAUACAUAAAAUAACUUUCUGUGAGAGUGCGUCUCUCCCCUCCCACUCAGAACAUACAUUUACCAUUUGCGCAAUUUGUAUAUAAGCAGUAGCAACCUGAACUAUUCUUUUUCUUUUUUCUUUUUCUUUUCUUUCUUUUUUUUUUUAAUGAGACAGAGCCUCGCUCUGUCACCAGGCUGGAGUGCAGUGGCGAGAUCUCGGCUCACUGCAACUUCCACCUCUCGGGUUCAAGCAAUUCUCCUGCCUCAGCCUCCCGAGUAGCUGGGACUACAGGCAUGUGCCACCACACCCAGCUAAUUUUUGUAUUUUUAGUAGAGACGGGGUUUCACCGUGUUGGCCAGGAUGGUCUCGAUCUCUUGACCUUGUGAUCCACCCGCCUCGACCUCCCAAAGUGCUGGGAUUACAGGCAUGAGCCACCACACCCGGCCUACUAUUCUUUUUCUUUAGUGAGUUUGUUAAAGCUGCUAUAAAUAUAAAACCUGUCAGAAGUUGUAACUUUCUCUCUGAUAAGUGAUGUGUAUUCUGAAGCCUUCUGUUUCUAUGGGUUAUACAUGGAAAUUCUUUAAAGGUUUUAUAAAGGGUAAAUAUUUUUAAAAGAUUAGAGCUCUGUAGGGUUGAGACCUCUGAAAUUGAGUAGAGAGAGAGAGAAGAGUUUGUUGAGGGAUUUUUUGUUUUGUUUUUUGAUAGUUUACUUGCUGCCUCUCAUACCUUAAUGUGAUUUUCAUAUAUUUUUUAUAUAUAUAUGUAUGUGUGUGUAUAUAAACACAUAUGUAUGUGUUUGGAAGUAUAGCUUCCUUUUCUAUUUAUUAGAAUAGUGCUUUAAUAAUUAUAGAAUUGUAUUGGCAGCAUCUUUUAUAGAAAUAUAAUCAUGUUUAUUUUAAGAACUGACAACUUGUUUUUGCUAUCUUUUAGUGCAAUAAGCAGUUUUAAAGGAAAGUUGUGUCUGCAUCUUUACCAUGGAUAGUAGGAGGAACAGGCACCUCCAUAGUUUAAAAGGGCAAAGAAUACAGCCUUAAUUUCAGAAGGAAAGUUUUGUAAUUUUCAGUUUUAAAGCAUAUCUUUUAAAAUUCAUCAUGAUAAAAGGCUGGACGCGGUGGCUCAUGCCUGUAAUCCUAGCACUUUGGGAGGCUGAGACAGGUAUAUCACCGGAGCUCAGGAGUUUGAGACCAGCCUGGCCAACGUGGUGAAACCCGUCUCUACUAAAAAUACAAAAAUUAGCUGGGCGUGGUAGCGGGCACCUCUAAUCCCAGCUACUCGGGAGGCUGAGGCAGGAUUGCUUGAACCUAGGAGGCGGAAGUUACAGUGAGCCAAGACUGCACCAUUGCACUCCAGCCUGGGCAACAAAACCAAAACUCCGUCUCAAAAGAAAAAAAAAUCAUAAUGAAAAUGAAGUGAAAUUGCCUAAAUGAGUCCAACUUGAAUAUUAGAAAUAAAGUUGAACUUUUAUAUAAUUGUGAAUAGCUUAACAUAUUUAAAUUAUUUGCAAAUAGAUUGUGUUUAUUGAAGAAUCAUAUUGGCUAGAUGCCCAUUUUCAUUUACUAAAAUGAAUCAGGAAAAUGCAAGAUGAUAUUUUAAAACUUUUGCUAAUGUAUCACCAGUAUAACUUUCCUUUUAAAAUUAAGGUGAUAGUAACAAAGGAAGUUAGGACUUUGAUCAUUUUAAAUCAGUUAAAUCACUGAAAUGUGGGAAAUUGUUUUACAAAACUUUUAUUGAUUACACUUUAAGGUAUUAAAAAGUACUAUAAAGCUAUCAAAACUGAGUUUAUCAGUAACAUUGGAUUCAGGGGAGCUUUGCACUUUGUAACUCAUGAAAAUUGCAUUUUGAUUUUUUUUUUUUUUUUUUUUUUUGCACUGGUUCAGAGUAUAGAUACUACAGAUUGUUUCCAGUGGGCAUUGUUGUUAGCCUUUCAGAAUUCCAUCUGCACGUGAAACCUAAUGGAUUUAGAUCUUUAGUUUCUCUCUUACCUGUAAUCCACUAUUAUUGCCAAUUCACUGUAUUUUGAGCCUAAAAUCUGAGCCCAUGUCCUCUGACAGGCAUGAAAUCUUUUGUCCCUCUGCCAGAAAACUAAGAAAGUACUGUAUUUUCUAUGUUUAUUAUUUUGAAGUGUCUGAAAUGCAAUUUACAACACUGUUGCAAAGAACUUUACAAAAGGUAAUAUUUGUAUCGUAUAUACAUUUUUUCUCCCAGCCUUCUCCCAUCUCCUCCAGAAAAAUUUCCUAUAAAGAUGGAUUUUUUUACACUGAAAUUUUACUGAAUAUAGUCAGGAUCAUGGGCAAGAGAAGAAAAUAGUAUACUCAAGAUGAUAAAAAUUUAAUUCGUCUAUGCUUGAUCAGUGUGAGUAAAACAUCUUCCUUUAUCAUGGGAGCUGCACAGAUUCAUGUGGGAAACUUUAGGGAAUGACUGUAGAUACCCUUUCUCUAUGUACUCUCUCACCUAAUUUUCAGUCACUCAUAUAUGCUAGAGUGGAGCCCUUAAUUUAAAUCUAUUUGGAAGGACUUUUUUAAGAGGAAAAAUAUUUUUUCUAAAUUAUAAAGCUUUACCUUUUGAGUGAUUUCUUUUUUAGAGUGCUCUUACACUAGUCAGCAUUGCUAGUUUAAAGUUGAUUAACUUGAAAGAAUAUGUAUACUAUAUUUCUAUUUUGCUAACAAAUUGGUAUAUUAAUUACCAUUGGUUCUUAAUUACAAGAAAACUUGUGCUUAGAAUUUUAAGAUAAAAGGCUAAGUGACAAAUGCUUCUUGAAAUUUGUCCUAUUUAUUGUUGCACUUCUGGUGUAGAAUUUCUAAUCUUUUUUAUUUUAAAAAAGUUUUUUUUUUUUAAGUUAAACAUGAAAUUCACAGUGACCCUUCUGCUCCUGCCCUUGCUCACUAACUAUAUCAUGAAUGCCAAAUUUUGGUCUUCUUUUUUCUAUGAUGUAUCUUACAAGACUGACUGUAAAAUAUCAGUCUGGCAACUAGAUAAUUGAUUUUCAUAUGAAGAAGAGUUGGGAGUUUAAUGUAUAUUCUUGAUGGUUAAUGUGUCUACAUAAAGUGCUGAUACAUGUAUUAUAUUACAGUAUCAGGUUACUGGCAUGGAGGACCAUACACUUACAAUAUUGUAGCUGCUAUAUUUAUUUAAGUAGAUUCUGACAGUUACUGCACUAAACAGUAAAGAGAUAAGCAGGAUUCAAGGCUAAUGUUAGGCCCUUUUUUUCCCUAAGAGUAAGGACACGGAAUAUCAAAGUAACAAAGGGUGCUGCCAUUUUAGUUUCAAUUUAAUAUCAGGAUAUUCUUUGUUUUAGAAAUGUAGAUUUUGACUUUUACAGUUUGAAAAAGGGUACCUCAGCCUCUUCAGUACCGGUUUUUUGGCACAUUUCAACAGAAAUAUUAGAUUCCCUUUCUUUUUCUUAAUAGUGAUCUUCUAACAAGUUUCUUGGAAAAACUAUCAUUCUAAGGGAAAUCCCUGUUUAUAACCUAUUAAUAUAUUUCUAUUCCUAGAAGAGAGUCUAGCAGGGAUUCUAGUAGGAAUUACUGAGUGUUUUGGAAGGCACUUGAUAGAGGCAUCUCUGCUUUCCAGCACAGGGAUUCUCAGCCUUCUAAAGAUCUAGACCAGUUUCCAAGCUAGCUUCUCCACAGCCCACCACUGCCUAGUGUUUGCUUGUGUAUUCUCUAAUGGAUUUUAGGAGGAUAGGCCUUCUGACAGACAGAGUCAUGAAGGACUUAAGGCAUGUCUAGGGAAAUAAAAGCUGACUUGCCCUUCAGCAGGAAUGACUGGCAGCGGAUCUCUGUGUUCAAGGAAAGGGUGAGCGCUAAGCAUGCCAGUGAUGGAUCCUAAGUAUUUAGAUGGAUUGCAGACCAGGAAUUAGAGACCGUUUGUGACUCAAGGAACUUGAUGGAUCUGUUUAGAGACCUACAUGAAUUUGCCAAGGGCAGUGAUUUUUAUGAAAUUCAAGAAGCAAACGACUUCGAUACAGCUAGAAUAUGUUGCAGUCUUCCUAUUUCAAACUUGAUUUUAAUAUUUUUACCAAGAAGUUUAACUGACAACUCUGCAAAAUUUUCAUUCAGUAUCAUUAAACCUGAGUUAAAUGUUUGCUUAGCUUAUCCUCUUAGAUGUUCUUCUGUUGAACAGGCAGAUUGCCCUUAACAGUAACUUGCUACUUAAAUUACCUUUUAUUAGUUAGUCAAGCUGCAAAAAUAUCAUUAGUGUGGCAUCUUUAUUUUGGCUUUGUCCAUAUGAAGUAUUCAUUAUUUUCAUUCUUUUUGAGAAUUCAUAAAUGUCUUAAAGCUUCAGUAAGAAUUGUUGGGAGGUUUGACAUCAAGUAACGCCUUCCUGUGUAGCAGUAUAACCCUAAUUUAGAACUCUUGUUUUCCUAUUUCAGUCCUCAUAUUUGAUCAUAGAAAAGCACUUUUGUGAUUCUAUAGGAGUCAAAAAAUCAGCCAAGAGUAGGUAAGUCAGUCAGCACAGAAAUCAGAAAGUGAGAAUUUUCUCCAAAAAAUCUUUUUAAAAAAGUCCUGCUUAUACUAAGAACAUUCUUGAUCAGUUGCAGUGUUAGAAAUGACACUGUGAUUAGUGAAAGCCAAGCUGAGUCCCAGGAAGCAGGGAGGGGGAGUGUGUGUGUGUGUAUAUGUAUGAGUGUGUAUAUAUAUAAUCUCACACACACACAAAGGGAAAAAUUAUUUUGACUUUUUUCCUACUUUUAAAAUGGUACAUUUAAGUUUAUAAUUUUCCAUGUUCAGUCAACAUAAUUUUUUAAACUAAGGUAUAAUGGUCAAGGCUUGUGCUAGUAUUACCUACUACUCAUUGAAAUUUAUAUUACUUUACCCAUCAAAACUAGUACUCCAGAUGUUUACAUCAUUGAUUAAAUCUCAAGAAUCUUUUGUUCUUAAAAUAUGGAAGUUAAAGAUUUUAAUUUGAAUUAAAGAUAGAAGGAUGGUAAAUUCAAUGUAGAGGGUUGAGAUUUACCAGUGAGAAACCCUGUUGAAGUAUCAGGUAAAUGGUGUGACAAAAUUAGAAUCCUGUCAAAUCACCUAUCCAGCCAUCGGGGUCCCUUCCUUUUUUAGACUAAUUUCUAAGGUAACCAGAAUCUAAUGUAUCUAUGUUAGGGUCUCAGUAAAGCAAAGACGUUUGUCAGGGCGUAGACUCUUGAGUUAAAUUUUUUAAUCAUUUUUUAAAGCAAGGCGGUUCUUAGAAAGUGCCUUUUCAGAAGAUGGUGCUGUAGAUUUUUAUUUUUCAAGUAGCACGAAGCUAAGAAUUUUAAAGAUAAAUUAUUUUAGAACUCCAAGAGUGUGACAGUUUCAUAAAAAUAAUGUUAGUUGUUGUCUUGAAUCUCGUCCAAGGGAACCAAGGAAAGCUUUUAUGCAGUAAAGUAUCUAGGUAAAUGCUCACCAAAUUUAUUUUGUAAAUUUGAAAACAAAAUAUUUAGUAGAAUUACCUCUUUUAAUUCCCAACUGUGUUGGAGGAAAUCCAUAAUGCACAUAAAACAGCAAACCUACUUAACUUUUUAACAAGAUUAUGGGUAUAGUACCAAUGUCCAAAGGGAAAUGUAACUUGCCUGGAAUUAUAGGCAACAUUUUCUAAUUAAUCUUUUUUUUUUUUUUUUGAGACAAAGUCUUGCUCUGUCACCUAGGCUGGAGUGCAGUGGCUCGAUCUCAGCUUACUGCAAACUCCGCCUCCCGGGUUCAAGUGAUUCUCGUGCCUCAGCCUCCCAAGUAGCUGGGAUUACAGGCGUGCACCACCACACCCGGCCUAAUUAGUCAUUAUUAAGGAGGACUGCUCAUAAAGGCAGUACCAAAUCAUCAUUCAGAUCAGCUUAAGUGAGAAAGCAAAAUGAUGAUCUCUAUUGUUAGAGAAAUUUUCUUUUCUAGACACCAAGGAAUAUUUUAAAUGAUUUUUUAUUUUUUCUAGGAUGCAGGAACUAUGAAAAAUGAUGACAAGGCAUUUAAAAGGGUAUGAUCAGUUAAAUAGAAGUAAGGUCUGCAAAUUGUGCUUAAGGGGAAAUAAGCAAAAGAAAGGAAAAUAGUAGAACCUUUCAUACUAAUUAGAAAUGUAGUUACCUACCAGAGGGCAAUUUUGCUCCAUACCAGGAAGCAGUAAAUAGCAGUAAAUGAUCACCUAGGCACUUCUUUCCUGUGAAUUUGGUGAGCAUUCUUCCAGAAAAGAAGACUAAAAGCAAACAACAACAACAACAAAAAAUACCACACCUCAGUAACCUUGUAUGCUGCAUUAUAUAAUAAUGAUAGUAAAAUUAUAUUGUUUGGAGUGUACUGUGUCUGUUUGCAAAUAUACAUGCACAUUAAACUUUUUUGUUUUUAUAAUGUCUUAAUAGCAAUUAUGAGUUUAUUUUUGUUAAGAUUAAUUUUUCUAUUGUGAUGUUUAUAUUUAUUGGCAAUUUGUGUGCAACUUUUAUAUUUUGCUUGUCGGUUUUAAGGUAUUUUAUUUUUAUAGAUAUUUCUAGCUUUCCUCAUUCUUUGUAAUAGCAGCAAAGAUUAAGAUGGAGUGUUAAUAUACCAACCAAACUACGAAUUCCAUAAACUCUAGAGUUUGGAUUUUUACCAAUAAACCAUUAACACUAUUUUGUAACUUAGAA